AUGUACACCUCCGUCCUCGCAAUCCCGGCCCUCCUCCUCCUCAGCGACCACGUCACGGCCCAAUGCACAAACUUCACAUCCACCUCCCGUAGCUCGGACACCUACUCAUUCUUCACAAGUUCGAACGACGUUGCCGUCGAAACACUUUACUGCAAUGAGACACUCUCAUCACCAUGCUACAUUACCCCCAAAAAAUACGCUAUAACCGCGCCCCGCAAACUCAAUAUCUCCAGCUGCCCCGCCGACGAAGAAUCCAUCUACCAACUCGCGGCUCAGGCCUAUUCAUCUGACAACUUUACGUCUUCUGAGUUCAUCACUCGAAACACGUCGCUCACUAACGUCCAUGUCGGUAAGACUCUCUUGACAGUCGAACCGGGAAUUGGAAAGACACUGGCAUGGCUGCCGUUCCAAUUGUAUUCGGCGGGGAGGUUGAGUGGGUGCGCGAAUAGUAGUCUGGAGGGGGUUUACGUGUUGGCGCAGGCGCCUUAUGAGGUUAAUGCGACCAAAUCCACAGAGAAUGGACAGCUUAAUGUGGAUGGGAGGGUGUUGGCGGGGACUUGGUCUGCGACUCAGAGGAAUAUCACGGCUGAGAAUGAGACUGCGGCGGAUAAAAAGAGUAGUGGGUCAAAGGUUGGUGUUUGGGCUUGGAGUUGGGGGAUUGUGGGAUUUGGGGUUGCUUAUGGGGUUGGAAUUUUGUAG